GCUUACCUCUAAGUAUAUAUACCUUUGCUCCUAUCCACCUCAGCAUAUACAUCCCUCAUAGAUUGCCUCUCUUUUCUUUUGUCUGCUUGGGCAUUUGCCAAAAAGGUUGUUAUGAAAAUGUGUCCAAAGGGAUUCACUGUUGAUCUCUGUAAGCCUCAUCUCUUCCAGGUUGGUUACCUUGGAGAACAUUAUGAUGGAUGGGUUCACCAGCCUAUUAUAACAAAGGAAAGCCCUCGGUUUUUCCAGAGUGAGAUUUUGGAGUGGGUGACUCGGUCAGUUUGGUGGGUAGUUCCAGUAAUUUGGAUACCAAUGGCAUGUUGGUGCAUUUCCAUUUCUAUAAGAAUGGGCCAUUCAUCUUCUAAUGUAGCUUUAAUGGUGGUUUUUGGGAUUUUUGUUUGGACAUUUCUCGAAUACCUUUUGCACCGCUUCCUUUUCCACUUCAAAACUAAGACUUACUGGGGAAACACCAUACACUAUCUUCUUCAUGGGUUGCAUCAUAAGUUUCCGAUGGAUCGUUUUCGGCUUGUCAUGCCUCCUUUAGCAACCGCUCUUUUCUCUCUGCUGUUCUGGCACUUGUUUCAUUUUGUGGGCACCCCCUCAACUGCUCCUGCUGUAUUUGGAGGUACUUUGCUGGGUUAUGUGAUCUAUGACUUGACUCACUACUAUUUACAUCAUGGUCAACCCUCAACUUUACUGUCUAAAAGUCUCAAGAAAUACCAUUUAAGUCAUCACUUCAAGGUCCAAGAUGUUGGGUUUGGAAUUACUUCAACUCUGUGGGACAUUGUAUUUGGAACACUUCCUCCAAUUCAAGUGAUUGAAAAGAAAGAAUAAUGUUAUUGGAGAUGGCAUCAAUUAAUUUUACAAAUAGUUUUCUUUGGGGAUCAUUUGCUUGUCUUCAUUAUCAAUGAAUAAGCUCUUGUAUGUUGAAGAACCGAUCUAGACAAAUAUAUGUAUUAUUUAGUUUAAAUAUUAAAUAUUUAAUUUCCUUUUUAUGCUGUAAUAUCAUUAUGAGCUUGUGUGUUUCGAGUUUAUGGUAUUAAAACUUAUUUGAAUAGAUGAAUUUAUUUAUUUA